AUGGCGUUCAUCAGCAAAGCAGUUAUUGCAAUGGCAAUACUCUUUGUUUCUCUAUUUUCUGGAAUCAGCACAAAACCAGUCGAUCGAGCAGAGUGCCCGCAAUUAUGCCCGGCGAUCUACAGCCCAGUCUGCGGCUCUGACGGCGUCUCCUACCCCAACAUUUGCACCCUGGACUCCAAGAACUGCGCAGACAAGUCCGACAUCACCAUUUCGUUCCGAGGUCCCUGCGGAGAAGAACCACGUCCCAACUCGAACCACAAUGAUAAGUCACCUCCCGUCGUCAUCCUUGGGAACCAGUCUCAGCCCAACAUUCAGAUCCCGGAAGUAGAUAUCGCCGCGAUUUCCCAGAAGGGUUCCAGCAGACCGAACCCUCCGUAUCACGGCAAUGUCCCGACCAUUCAAAUCACUGACGGGUUCUAUGUUCCGCCUCCGCUCACCGUCAUCCGGAAUUGA